GGGUGUUCUAGCCCAGCCGCACUCUAUGGUGCGCGGGCACGUCCGGUUUCUGCGCCGCCUGCCUGGAGGAUGAGCGUCGCCGGGGAGCGGCCACGUGACUCCCCGGGGCUGGAGCGCGAGUUCGGCCCCUCGGCCCUGGGGACCCAGGAGCAUUGGGAUGCUGCAUAUGAAAGAGAAUUACAGAUCUUUCAGGAGAAUGGAGAUGCUGGGGAGAUUUGGUUUGGAGAAGAGAGCAUGACUCGUUUAAUCAGAUGGAUGGAAAAACAAAAGAUCCCUUUGGACAGCUCUGUGCUUGACAUUGGAACUGGAAAUGGUGUUUUACUUGUUGAAUUGGCAAAAUGUGGUUACACUAAUCUCACUGGAAUUGAUUACUCUCCUUCUGCAAUACAACUUUCUCAAAAUAUAAUAGAGAGAGAAGGGCUGUCUAAUAUUAAAUUACAGGUAAAAGACUUUCUGACUCCGUCAUCUGAGCUAUCAGGAUUUCAGAUUUGUAUCGACAAAGGAACCUUUGAUGCCGUAAGCCUUAAUCCUGACAGUGCAGCUGAGAAGAGAAAGCAGUAUGUGAAAUCCCUCUGCACAGUGUUGAAAAGGGAAGGCUUUUUCCUCAUAACCUCUUGCAACUGGACCAAGGAGGAGCUGCUGAAUGAGUUCAGAGAAGGAUUUGAAAUUCUGGAGGAGCUGCCAACACCUAAGUUCUGCUUUGGAGGGAGAAUUGGAAACAGUGUAACAGCCUUGGUUUUCCAAAGGAAAAAAUAGCCAUCCAUCUUGGACAAAUUAGAUUAGCUGAGAAAAGAAACGUCUGCACUUCAAAGUAAACCUGAUGCAAAGGAGGGGGGGGGGCGAACCCUCCAGCAUCUGUGUAAAUAAUUGCUCGCUGAGUACACAGUAAAACACAGUGCAUGUGCUGAACUGCAAUGGGCCUCCAUAAAAUUCAGGGAAAGUUAUAUAGAACUGAAAUGUUUCUAGGGUAAAAUCUGCCCUUGUGCUCUUUCUUUUUGUUAUAGUUUCAUUUAUUCCAUUGAAUUGUGUGGGUGUAAGUGAGGAAAAAUGUGGUACUCUAAUUUUUCAGAGACUAACAACUAUUUGCAUUUGAAGUGUACAUUUUUUUCCUAUUUAAUUUUUAUUUUGGUUUCUAGUCAACAGUUUAAAAUAAAUUUAAGUAGUAAUUAAAUCAUACAAAGAGAGAA